AUGGCGGUCUUUCCGCACGUGCUCUUCGCCGCACUACAGUGCGCUAAUGUUAUCACUUUCCUCGUUUACCUCACCAACGUGACUUCUAUCGUCUUCUCCACGCCGCCCUACAACUUCUCGACCGCUGGCGUCGGCCUGAUGUUUGUCGGACCGUUCGUGGGGAACAUGAUUGGGAGCGCAUAUGGUGGCUUGCUGGGUGACAUGGUCGUCGUGCGAUUGGCUCGCAAGAACAACGGAAUGUUCGAGCCCGAGAUGCGACUGUACAUUCUCAUCCUACCGGCCAUCUUAAUGGGCGCAGGACUCAUGGUGUUUGGAAUCACGGCCGAUCGUGGUCUACACUGGGUUUGUCCCAGUAUUGGGGCUGCGAUGUUCGCGUUCGGAAUGGGCUCCAUCAUGGACGUGGCAUGCACAGUCGUCAUCGACACGUAUCAGAAUGCUACUGCAGAGUCUUUCGUAUUCAUAACCUUUGUGCGAAAUGCAGCAUGCGUUGGGAUACCAUUCGGAAUUGUGCCCUGGAUGGAGUCGGCGGGUCUGACCAAGAUGUUUGUUGUUGGGGGCUGUGUUGCGAUUGUCAUGUCGCUGCUCUACAUUCCGCUGCUUGUUUGGGGCCGGAGAGCUCGUGUCGCCUUGGCCCCAUUCUACGAGAAACUAGUGGUCGAAAACGGAUGCUUCAGUCGUGCCUAG